AUGGCUAAGAAAUAUCUAUCCGAUCAGGAGUUGGCAAAGGAGCUGGAGAAUCUGUCCGACGACGAGUCAAGAGAUAUAAUAGAAGACGAAAUUACCCGAUUUUCAGAUGAUUCGCUCGUAUAUAAAGAUUUUAUUCCUGUUGAAAGUGAUCUAUCAUCCGAUAACGAUUCAUCCGCGACUUUAACUACUAAGCAAAAAUGGGAUCACGUUCAAGGAGACCGACUGUCUUUCAGUGAAAGCCCUCAGAAUGUUAGUGUUGUUCCAGCUGUUAGUGCAGACUUUGCAGGGAAAGAACCAACUAAUUUCUUUAACUAUUUUAUCGACGAUGAGAUGAUUAAUCUAUUUGUGACUGAAACCAAUAGGUUUGCUUCACAGCGAAUUGCUGCGGCAAUAGCAGAUCCAAACCGGAAGGCCAAGGUGCCGAAAUGGGUGGAUACCAAUCCCGUGGAAAUGCGAAAAUUUUUUGGCAUUAUAUUAUGGAUGGGCCUUCUUCCAAUGCCUCAGUUACGGGAUUAUUGGUCAACCAAAUCGUUGUACCAAAAUCGCAUACCCACAAUUAUGAGUAGAAACAGAUUUGAAGGUAUUUUGGGCAUGUUCCAUGUAAGUGAUAAUGAGAAGGACAGACCCUCUGAUGACCGACUUUACAAAAUAUCCGAAUUUCUUGACAUGCUGCAAAAGAAAUUUAAGUCCUCCUACAUGCCCGAAAAAGACAUUUGUAUCGACGAAAGUUCCAAUCCUCAGGAAGUAAUAAAGGAAAAGUUGAAUCGAGGUGGAAUUGUAGCUCAGCAAGAUAAUGACAAAACUGUAGUCCUAAAGUGGAAGAAUAAGAGAGACGUCAUCAUGCUAAGCAUCAAACACGAUGAUUCUACCGUUACUUUAGCAAAGAAAGGAAAGAAAGUUAUUAAGCCGAAAGUAAUUGUUGACUAUAAUCAGGGCAAGGCCUUUAUCGACUUGUCGGAUUAA